AUGAUUUGUAGGAAAGCAUACAAAUCCUAUGACAUCUUUCAUGAGUUUUCUCAUUGGGCCAGCCAUGCGCGAUUUCGGGCUAUCGAUCGGGAACUCGAUACUCUCCGUGAGGAGACGCGGACUCUUUCCGCUCGUUUGAAUAAGGUUGAAAGUGCUAAUUCUGUCACCUCGCCAAGACCAACUGCUAGUGCCGGACCGAGUAGCUUACAGCGCAUCUUGAACCCACCAAAAUCGCCUUCUUAUGUGGGACCUACAAGUGCCGAGUUUGGCUUGGACCAUCAAGAUGACUGUUCACUGUAUACACUCGAUUAUGCCGACAAUAUCAAAACAAAAAACCUGCCGGGGAAUCAGGACAGUCACCAUAGUUCUUCAGUCGCUCAGAGCCCAACGGGGUCGACCACUACUGAGAACUCUAGAGGCCAAAAUUCAUUGGAUGAUCUAGGGCUGGAAGAGACAUUGCGCCUUGUACAGGUCUACGAAGACACAGUCGGUAUUAUGUACCCCUGCGUCGAUUUAGCUAGUCUGCGUACCUAUGUCGUGGAGUACCAUCAUUCCCAAACCUCUGCUUCCAAAAGAUCACCCGCACGAAGACCAUCAAAAAAGGAUGAGGAUUGGUUUCAUGCCCGCGAUAUUCAAGUGUUAAACAUUCUCCUUGCCACAGCCCUGCUGGUAGAAAGUCACGGCCAGAGCGAGCGAGCAGCUCAACUCGCUGAUGGCGUAGAAGACCGUUUUGCAAGUCGACUCAAAGUUGCGCAGUCAAUAUUUCAUUCCUAUCGCGACGACGAGGUCAUCGCAUGGCGAUUGACAGGCAUGGCGGCUCGGGGCAGCAUGGAACUGGGUCUGCAUCGGCAAGAGACAUGGCAAAAGACUGGUGGCGUAUUUCCAGGUGCUUUAGAGUGGAUGUGGGCCAGUCGACUGUUCUGGUGUAUCUAUGUACUCGAUCGCAAGUGGUCAUUUGGCACAGGUUUGCCAUUUUCCAUUCAGGAUUCUGACAUGGAUACCAAUCUUCCGGAACCUGGCCAUUCCACCCCGUACUUGACCUGCAUGAUAUCCUAUGCUCGGCUAGGUACAAAGAUAUGGGGCCUUAUAGUGGGCUGGUCGAAUAGAUCACGCGAAGCGACUUCAGAGAGUUGCGCGUUUCUCGAUGCUCAAGUCCAGCAGUGGGUCCAUUCCAUUCCAUGCGAACUACGCUUCAACCCUAGCUGGCGCUCAACUGCUGGGCCCGAAUAUACGGAUCGUACCAGAAUGCUCCAGGUACUACUGGCUUUACAGGCCAACCAAUUACGUAUUCUUGUCUACCGACAGAAUCUUCUCAGUGACGAUCGAAUUUUGGACGACAUAUCUGGUGCUUCUAUCGCCGUGGAAACAGCAAAGAGUUCGAUCCAUAUGCUGGACUAUUACAGUCAUAUUUCAGACGUCUAUUUCCAGCGCCCGGAGCCUUUCAACUACUUCUUAAUUUCGGCUCUCGCGGCUUUGUUCCUCGCGGUUCUUCAUGCGCCGGCUCGUUUCAGCCAAGUAUGUCGGCCCGAGUUCUACACUGCAGUGGCUAUGGUGCGACGUUCGGCGACCCGGGCGAGAACUUCUCGGAGGUUGCAGAAAAUGAUCCACAGUCUCAAACGCAUUCAAUUGACUGUACCAUGGCAGGCCCAACAGGCAAUCCAGCACACUGUUCACUCUCGAGGUGCCUCUGAUGCGGCCAUUCGCUCGCUCGAGACCCCUUGGAAUCAACAGCCAUUUACCUUUCGCAAUCCCCUCGAGUUUGACUCAGUGUCGUUGACAAAGUUUUCUCAAUCAGUCAAAAUCCCGUCUGGGUUAUAUCAGACACCUGGUAUUCCCACACCACAAGGUUCUUCGGGAGACUUCUGGCCAUUAUCUCCUGGUACAGCUCCCGAAAUGGAAUCAAAUGGAUGCGAAGAUCUCAGUAGCUUCUUUGAAAUUGCGGGCGGGUUCUGUUUUGAGCCUCGAUCCGAAAUCGCUAACGAAGCGGAAGUGGGAAUGUCUCAGUCUGGUGCCGGACGGGCCCCAAAUCCCCUGGAUGUGUUUCAGGCAGAGGAUGAGGCUUUAACACGGGUUAUGGCUGGCUUACUAUGA